CAGAAUGAAGCCCACCAAGAACUCAACUUUGGAAGUCGUUUCCCCGAAGGUGCAGGUCAAUGAUGACUUCAUUGAGACGGACUAUGAGUACCAGACGUCCCAUGUGAAGCGAACUGCAUCCGGACAACUGCAGGUGCACCCCCAGACUACGGCGCUGAAGAUACGGACGGCUCGUCACGUUCCCAAGUUGGGAGUAAUGCUGGUGGGCUGGGGCGGCAACAAUGGAUCCACCCUGACCGCCGCCCUGGAGGCCAACCGGCGUCAGCUCAAGUGGCGCAAAAGGACGGGUAUCCAGCAGGCCAACUGGUUCGGUUCCAUUACCCAGGCCUCGACUGUCUUUAUCGGAUCGGACGAAGUUGGUGGCGAUGUUUAUGUGCCCAUGAAGGAGCUCCUGCCCAUGGUGGAGCCCGACAACAUCGUGGUGGAUGGCUGGGACAUCAGCCGUCUGCAUUUGGGCGACGCCAUGCGGCGGGCCGAGGUCCUGGACGUGGCUCUGCAGGACCAGAUAUACGAACAGCUCUCCCAGCUCCGGCCACGUCCAUCCAUUUACGAUCCGGACUUCAUUGCAGCCAACCAGUCGGAGCGGGCCGACAAUGUGAUCCGUGGCACUCGGCAGGAGCAGUACGAGCAGAUUCGCCGCGACAUUCGCGACUUCAAGCAACGUAGUGGGGUGGAGUCUGUUAUUGUCCUGUGGACCGCCAACACAGAGCGCUUCUCCGAAGUCCAGGAGGGACUGAACACCACCAGCAAGGAGCUGCUCGCUUCACUGGCCGCCAACAACUCGGAGGUGUCCCCAUCGACAAUCUUCGCCAUGGCCAGCAUUGCUGAGGGGUGCACCUACAUCAAUGGCUCGCCCCAGAACACCUUUGUUCCAGGGCUCAUCCAGUUGGCCGAAGAGAAAAAGGUCUUCAUUGCCGGAGAUGACUUCAAGUCGGGCCAGACCAAGAUUAAGAGUGUCCUUGUGGACUUUUUGGUGGGCGCUGGCAUCAAGCCAGUGUCCAUUGCCAGCUACAACCAUCUGGGCAACAACGACGGCAAGAAUCUAUCUGCUCCCCAGCAGUUCCGCUCCAAGGAGAUCUCCAAGAGCAAUGUGGUCGACGACAUGGUGGCUUCUAACAAGAUUCUAUACGGUGAAGAUGAGCAUCCCGAUCAUGUGGUGGUCAUCAAAUACGUGCCCUAUGUGGGCGACAGCAAGCGGGCCAUGGACGAGUACACCUCGGAGAUCAUGAUGGGCGGACACAACACCCUGGUUAUUCACAACACAUGCGAGGACUCGCUCUUGGCCACUCCUCUGAUUUUGGACCUGGUUAUCCUGGGAGAGCUUAGUGCCCGCAUCCAGCUGCGCAGCGCGGAGAAUGAGUCCGCCCCCUGGAUUACCUUCAAGCCCGUUCUCUCCCUGCUGAGUUACUUGUGCAAGGCGCCAUUGGUGCCCCAGGGCUCUCAGGUGGUCAACUCGCUGUUCCGCCAGCGGGCCGCCAUCGAGAACAUCCUACGUGGCUGCAUCGGCCUGCCGCCCAUCUCUCACAUGACCCUCGAGCAACGGUUCGAUUUCGCCACUAUUGCGAGUGAGCCGCCAGUGAAGAAGGCCAAGCUCUUGGGACAAUCCUGUGGCAUCGAAUCCACCACCAAUGGCAAGAAACUUCAGGCCAAUGGCCAUAGCAAUGGAGCCCCCAAGCUGGCUGCCAAUGGGAAAGGUCACUGAUUUGUGUCCAAGCUUAUGUUAUUGGAAAAUAUAUGAUUUAAUUGGAUAAAUUACAAACUAGACUUAAGAUAACCAUAUUGAAUAAAUAUUUUGAUUGUGAAAAACAUA